AUGCUGCUUCCUGCGCUGAGCUGGCUCCUCUCCUCACUGGUGACGACCGUCAGCCCUGGAAAACUGUCCGAAGCGGAGGUAGCCACCGAGGUUCUGCACAGACCAUUUAUCUGUCACCGAAAGACCAAGUACGGGGACAUGCUGAUGGUGCACCACGACGGGUACUUUGAGAAUGGCACCAUGUUUCACUCCAGUCGAAGUUCUGGCGACAAGCAGCCGAUGUGGUUCACGCUUGGCAUCAGACAAGUGCUCAAAGGCUGGGACCUGGGCCUGCAGGGCAUGUGUGCUGGAGAGAAGAGGAAACUGGUGCUACCCCCCGCUCUGGCCUAUGGGAAGGAGGGGAAAGGUAAGAUCCCACCUGAGAGCACUCUGACUUUCAUUGUUGAACUGCUGGACAUACGAAAUGGACCAAGGUCACAUGAGUCUUUCCAGGAAAUGGACCUCAAUGAUGACUGGAGGCUCUCCAGAUAUGAGGUGAAGGAAUAUCUGAAGAAAGAACACGAGAAAUAUGGCAACCCUCCAAACGACACCCUUCGUGAGAAGAUUAUGGAAGAAAUCUUUGCCAGAGAGGAUGAGAACAAAGACGGCUUUAUAUCCUCCAGAGAGUUCACAUACAAGCACGAUGAACUGUGA